AACUACAGCUGCACAACAAUUCCAUCCACGAAAAACUGUUUCAUGCAGGGAAGAAAAGAUAGAGAUUUUCUCCAUUGGAGAUGGAAACCAGACAAAUGCGAGCUGCCUCGUUUUAGUGCACAAACAUUUCUUAGGAUUCUCCGAGGUAAGAAGAUGGCUUUCAUCGGAAAUUCUUUAGCGAGGAAUCAGAUGGAAUCUCUUCUUUGUCUCCUCUCUACGGGGGAAUCUCCAAAAUUAAUAGAAAAAGAUGCAGAUGACAACGGGUGAGCAUUGGUAUUUACGGGUGAACUACUUAUACGAGGGCGGCAAUGUCGUUGGCUGUGUUUACUGCAAUGCCCCGAACAUCACUGCUUUCGGGCCCGGCCUAGCGCUCAGGAGGUCGUUCCAGGCCGCAUUCAAGGCCGUCAACGACUGCAAGAAGUGCAACAAGAUUGUCACUUUCUUGAGAACGUUUUCUCCUUCACAUUUUGAGCACGGGGAGUGGAACACCGGAGGAAAGUGCAACCGGACUAGGCCUAUCAGGCCGGAUGAGGUGGACAGGGCCCGGCCCGACUGGGAGUACAGGAAUAUUCAAGUGGAGGUAGCGAGGGAUGCAGGGAAGGAAGUUAUCGAUGUUACAGAAAUGAUGCUGACAAGGUUCGAUGGGCAUCCCGGGCUAUUUUGGGGAAACAAAUGGAUGAAGGGUUAUAGCGAUUGCACACAUUGGUGCAUGCCUGGCCCGGUGGACACGUGGAAUGAGCUUCUGCUCGAGACGAUCAAGCGACACAACAGAAUAUCAUCAUAAAAUUAGUGGGGACUCUGAUUUUGCAGAUAUUAAAAACUUACCUUGAUUGCUUCCAUGUCUGUUU